ACGCUCCCUCCUACGACCGUCCCGCUCACGACCGUCCCUCCUACAGUCGUCCCUCCUUCGACCGGCCCUCCUACAACCGCCCCUUGCACGAACGUCCCAUCUACGACCGCCCCUCACACGACCGCCCUCCCUACGACCGCUGGAACCCCCGUCAACGCGUGAGCCCCGGAAAUCAGUUCUACAUGUUGGACCAGGAGGAGGUACACCCUUUGCUGAUGCGCGAGAGGCGCUCAGAGUCUCACAGGAACAAGCUGCUGCGUCGGACAGUCAGCGUUCCUGUUGAGGGACGGCAUCCGCAUCCGGAGAUGGAUCAUCGUGCCCGGCGGAAGAGCAUAGCCACUGGGAAGCAGCCCAGCAUGGAGGUCCCUCCCACUGCCCCCCUUCAACCCUUCCGACAAUCCAGUUUCCUCAGUAGAAGGUUGAAGGGCUCCAUCAAGAGGGCUAAGAGUCAGCCCAAAUUGGACCGAACCAGCAGUUUCCGCCACAUGAUCCUCCCCCGCUUCCGCAGUGCCGACCAGGACAGGACCCGUUUGAUGCAGAGCUUCAAAGAGUCCCAUUCCCAUGAGUCCUUGCUGUCUCCCAGCAGCGCUGCCGAGGCGCUGGACCUCACCCUGGAUGAGGAUGCCAUCAUCAAACCGGUCCACUCCAGCAUCCUGGGACAGGAGUACUGCUUUGAGGUGACUACAGCAUCGGGAACCAAGUGCUUUGCGUGUCGCUCAGCUGCAGAGAGAGACAAAUGGAUCGAGAACCUGCAGAGAGCUGUCAAGCCCAACAAGGACAACAGCCGGAGGGUGGACAAUGUGCUCAAACUGUGGAUCAUCGAGGCCCGUGAGCUUCCAGCCAAGAAACGCUACUACUGCGAACUUUGUCUGGACGACAUGCUGUACGCACGCACCACCAGCAAGCCCCGAACCGACACCGUUUUCUGGGGCGAGCACUUUGAAUUCAACAACCUACCAGCUGUCCGCAACCUACGCCUUCAUCUGUACAAAGAGACGGACAAGAAGAGACGCAAGGAAAAGAGCACAUACUUAGGCCUGGUCAGCAUCCCCAUCUCCAGCAUCACCGGGCGCCAGUUUGUGGAGCAGUGGUACCCCGUCAUCCAGCCCAGCGUCCUCACCAAGGGGGCCGGUGUGGGAGGGGGCAAGAUCAUCAACGCAUCCCUACGCCUCAAAUCCCGCUUUCAGACCAUGAACAUCCUCCCCAUGGAGCUCUACAAAGAGUUUGCGGAGUACGUCACCAAUAACUACCGCACCCUGUGUGCUGUUCUGGAGCCAGUUCUGAGCGUUAAGAGUAAAGAGGAGGUGGCCUGUGCACUGGUGCACAUCCUGCAGAGCACGGGGAAGGCCAAGGAUUUCCUGUCAGACAUGGCCAUGUGUGAGGUAGACAGAUUCAUCGACCGAGAACACCUUAUCUUCAGAGAGAACACUCUGGCCACCAAAGCCAUAGAAGAGUACCUCAAACUGAUAGGACAUAAGUACCUCAAGGACGCUAUAGGGGAGUUCAUAAGGGCCUUGUAUGAAUCUGAAGAAAACUGCGAAGUCGACCCAAUGAGGACCCCACCUUCUGUACUCCCAGACCACCAAGCCAAUCUCAGAAUGUGCUGUGAACUGGCACUCUGCAAGAUCGUAAACUCCCAUUGUGUGUUUCCCCGAGAGCUGAAGGAAGUGUUUGCCUCCUGGAGAGUUCGCUGUGCUGAGAGGGGUCGGGAAGACAUCGCUGACCGUCUCAUCAGUGGUUCCCUCUUCCUGCGUUUUCUAUGCCCUGCCAUAAUGUCACCAUCGCUCUUCAACCUCACGCAGGAAUAUCCAGACGAACAGACAUCACGCACACUCACCCUCAUCGCUAAAGUAGUGCAGAACCUGGCCAACUUCUCCAAGUUUGGCAAUAAAGAGGAGUACAUGUGUUUCAUGAAUGAGUUUCUGGAGAUGGAGUGGGGCUCCAUGCAGCAGUUUUUGUACGAAAUCUCCAACCUGGACAGUGUCAGCAAUGCAGGGGGCUUUGAGGGAUACAUCGACCUGGGGAGGGAGCUGUCCAUACUGCACAGCCUCCUGUGGGAGGUCAUAGCUCAGCUCAGCAAGGAUGCAAUCAUCAAACUGGGUCCUUUGCCUCGCCUCCUGAAUGACAUCAGCAUGGCCUUGCGUAACCCCCACCUCCAGAGGCAGCCCAGCCACCAGGCCGACCGGGUCCAGGAGAGACAGACGGACAGGCUGCUGUCCAGGCCCAGCUUCAACAGAGGCAUUUCCUCCGAGUUUCAGAAUCUCAUGAUGAGGGAUCUCAACAGCUCUAUAGAUAUCACUCGCUUGCCUUCCCCCACCUCUACUGGAGGGGUUAUACCAUCCCGCUCCCAGAUGAGUUUCCAGGACCGUGAUCACCCUCAUCGAGCAUCUUCCAAAGACAUGUUUUACGUAUCACGGCCUCCCCUGGCCCGGUCCAGCCCGGCCUACUGCACGAGCAGCUCAGACAUCACGGAACCAGACCCGAAGGAUUCCCGAAUGAACAGCGUGUCUAACCUGCAGUCGGUGGACAUGCUCAACUCCUCCCAGGCCUCCAUCGCCGGUAUGGGCAGUUUCGGAGGGCUGAGCAGCGGAGGCGGUGGCGGCCUGGGGUCGGGCCUGAGCAGCCAGCUGCGGGCCGGUGGGAGGUUGUCAGCUGGCUCUGGCGGCUCCAGCAUGUCCGGCGGCCUCCGGCUGAGCCAGCUGAGCCAGAUGGGCACCACCACCGACUCGCUGUCCCAGCAGCAGCAACAGCAGGCCGCCGCCAUGCGCUACCCGCUUUCCUUCCAGAAUCCCCUGUUUCAUCUGGCGACUGCUGAUGGACCUCAACAACCACAGCUCCAUCACCAGCACAGCCGGGCUCAGCCCCCAGCGCCCCUGCUCCUGGCUCCAGAGCCUGAACCUUCUCACCAGACCUACAUCCCACAGUUCGCCCACGGGGGGUUUUCUCGCAGUGAGGACCUGUCCACGCUCAGGACCAGAGACACCCACCUGGGUCAACCCAGCAUCAUCCAUUCACACAGCUACAGCGAUGACUACAGCAGGGCUGAUUAUGGACGGAGGCAGAUGUCCAUACAUGUGCAGGAUAACCUCCAACAACAACAACAAAUGAUGGGGAUGACGUCCCAGACAGGAACCUCCCACUCCUCCCUGGCCACCACGCCCCCCUCCACAGUCCAGCCCAUGCGCCAGAGUUCUGUUGCUCCGCCUCCCUCCCAGCGUGUCAAAUCACAGACUUCCCAUCAGCUGUCUGUCAGUGCAGCCGCUGCACCUGUCGCUCCCUCUAAAACACGACCGCAGAGCGGGAAUCUGCUCCAGUCACCAGAGUCAGGCUAUGGCGGCAGGCAACACGGGCCUCGGCAGCUGUCCGUUAAAGACAACACCGCCCCUGGCCUGCCCCACCAGCAGAGCUCUGUCCGAGACAGCGGGAGUCCACAAGGAACUGCAAGUCAGAGCGCCCAACAGUCCCCACAGCAGGCCCAGCCUCAGCAACAGCACCUGCUGAAGCCCACCAUGAGCAAACAGGGCUCCCAGACUCCAUCCACCCUCAACCCCCCGACCCCAGCCAAUGAGCGCACAGUGGCCUGGGUCUCCAACAUGCCUCAUCUGUCAGCUGACAUAGAAACCUCACGGAUCGACCGUGAAGACUUCAAACUUAAGGAAUACUCUAAGAGCAUGGAUGAGUCACGCAUGGACAGGGUCCGGGAGUACGAGGAGGAGAUCAACUCCCUGAAGGAGCGCCUCGUGAUGUCCCACAAAAAGCUGGAGGAGUACGAGAGGAGGCUCCUGACGCAGGAGCAGCAGACCAAUAAGAUCCUCCUCCAGUACCAGAAUCGACUGGAGGACAGUGAGAGGAGGCUACGGCAACAGCAGGUGGAGAAAGACUCCCAAAUAAAAGGAAUAAUUAGCAGACUCAUGGCUGUGGAGGAUGAGAUAAGGGGCGGAGCCAUACUUGAGCCAAAAACCAGGAUGUUCGCUGAUCAGGGGAGGCGUCAGUCCAUCCUAGUGCAGCCCCGUCUUGCGCCUGUCCCACCCCGAGUAUCCAGCCACUCUCAAAGCUUCAUGGAGGACAAUGUGGAACCUAAUUGGCUGAUGCACCAUCGGCAGUCGACAGGGUGGCAUGGCCAAAUGUCCAGAGCCCUCUCUCGCGACGCGAUUGGCUGACAAAGGGAGAACUUGGGCCAUUGGUCCCAUUCUCUUUGCUCAAAGGAAGGUGCAGAGCCCCAGCGGACCAUGUAAGGAAAUAAAUGCUGGGUUUUUGGUUUUUUUUUUUGUUACUUCACUUGGGCCCUCUCUCUCUGAUUUGAUGACAGGAUAUUUUUUUUAUGUGUGUGACGCUUCGAUGGUUGGAUUUUUAUUCCUAAAGGUAGGCUGGACGUACUUUUAAAUGGCGCUUGUCAGCCUGCCAAGCAUGCAAAGAACAGCUAUGCAGUCUGAUCAAUCAGCAGAAAGGACCAACACAAAAGGCCAAGGAUGGUAUGAAACAUAACAGAGAGGGAGGGGUGCUGCGUGGGUAAGAUAUAUUUCAACGGUGCUUGACUUUCUCUUAAAUUUCUGGAAAAAACUGAUUUAUUUCUCUAUAUUUAUUUCCCUCCCUCUCUCUCUUAUAGUCUUUUCAAAUGACCUUUUUUAAUUCUUCAUCUAUUCACUCUAUAUGUCAUUUCUAAUCCAUUUUAGACACAUUUAUCUCUUUGAACAACUUCUCAACUCAUAGUUUUAGCUCUUCCGUUUCUUUCAGACUUGAUUUUAAAGAAACUAAAUAUGCACAGCCUAUACGAAACUGCUUCAAAAACAAAGCUCUUGCUUAAAUGAAGACUUUAACAAAAACGGACAGAAUGUUUAUUAUUUAUAUUUCUAUGAUAUUGCUUAUUCUUACAAUAUUACAGACAGAAAAAAACAACUUUCACCUGAAAUCUUCCGGAGCAGAUAUUUAUUUCUUGAUAUAGAUAGACGCUUCUAUCUAAAAGGAAGUUCCUAGAUCAAUCCAUUUUUAUAUGAACCGAGUUUUCUUACACAGACAAUCUGGUGGAGCGUUGGGGGAACCGUCGGCCUGUAGGACUGGGACUAAAGGCAUGCGUUUUACCUACUCCCCCCUCGGCAGUUUGCACGUUGCUGACCUGUGCCGCCUUCCUCCUCCUCUUCCUCCUUUUCUCUUGGUUCUAAUCAAAAUAAAAAGUUAAGGCCGGAUGUUUAUCUGGCCCCUCCCCCAACCAACAAUCAAUCAGUCGCCAUGGAGCUCUCCAUUUUACGGACGAUGUUAAGGUUGUUGGAUAAGGACAUUUCUUAACAAGCUAUCAUUUUGUACUCCUCCACUUCGACUGUCUGUUGAAGUUUAACCGAGCAGAGGAUGAACUCUUGGUUUCAGUGUGGCACAAUCCUUGCAGUCAAAUUACUGUAAAACUCACCCAUUUAUUUCCCACGGAUGGACUCCACUGACACCAAUCUGAGUUGCAAUCCCUGCCAUUUCCACCUGACUGAAAACAGGACAGAGAGAGAUAUGUUAGAGGUUCUGCUGAAGCGAGUGAAUGUGUUUGUAUAUACGUGUGUGUACUGGGUAAAUCUUUGUGUAUAUACUGGAUAAAUGUGUAUAUAUGGUAUGUCUAUGUGUAUAUACCGUCCGUUUGUAUAUGCAGAGUGUACAGUUAUUUUUUCCUCUAAUGUUUCUCUCUCUUUCUAUGACUAGGUCUUCUCAAGUUACCAAUACUGAGGCAUGGAAAGGUUUAUAAGUGUACUGACAGCUAUCAGAGGCACUUUCUGCACAGACUUUGUAGAAAAUCAGCGAGGUCUGUCACUUAGCUGCAUUCUCGAAGCUCUCACUACAAAUAAUUCACAUCAACUCUUAAGCUUGCACUCAUUUUCUGACCAACUAAAAAGCUUUUCUAAGUAAAUUUGGGUGACCAAGCAAUCUUUGUACAUAUAUAGACUAAGACAUUUUUUUUUCCAGAAAUCUCCAUCUACAUUUCUUUAAAAUUCUCAACCUGUUUUUGAGUUCUUGCGUAUCUGAUUUUCACUUUAGGUUUCCUAUGAUAUAUGUUUGCAACGGUUGUCAUUCAGAGUUAUAUAUUUAUUCCGACAACCCUUAUAUAUUUCUUGAAAUUUUGUUCCCCAAAUUCUGCCUUUCAUGGAGCCGUCUAAACCUUUUGUACAAUGCGGUUAGAGCGGUGAGUCCUUCAUUGAAAGUAAACUGUCAUUACUUAACCUCGCUUGUUUUUGUAUAGGUCCUUACUAAAUAAGUGUGCCUCCCCCUUCUAACUCUUACUACCCUUACACCCAUCAACUCUGCUGGUCACUCAUCUUCACCCCCCUUGACAAGCCAUAGCCCCACCCCUCCCCAAAACUCUUUUAUUGUUGUUUUGACAGGACAGACAUUUGGGGAUUUUGUGUAUAUUAAUGGAAGAGUGCUGUUGAAGAGUGUAUUGCAGUUGUAUAUGGAUUUGUUAUGAAUGUGGAUAUUCUGAUCAUUGAAUUAUUAUUGUAAUAAUGAUAAUAAUUAUUGCCUCCUUGAUUUUGUUGAUUAAUUCCUUUGAUGAGGUUGAUGAAGAUUCCAUCUUUUUUUGUUUGUUUUUUCCUUGUU